GUGAUUAUUGCUGGUUGAAAACUUGGAUCAGAUCAAACUAUCUAUCAAGAGCAAUACUAGAUCAUCUGCACCAGAUACCCAACACCCAGCGAGUUGGUGUUGCUGUAGUUAGCCACCAUGGGAGCCUACAUUGCCAAGAUGCUACUGCCCACCGUUAGUAGCCUGGUGUUCCUGCCUGCAGCCAGUGUGGCCACCAAGAGAGGCUUCCACAUGGAGGCCAUGGUCUACUUCUUCACCAUGUUCUUCACCACGGUAAGAACCAUGGCAAGACACUGAGAUGUUGACGAUGUGCAGUCCUAUAUUACGGAGACUGUCUGUGUAUUACUGACACUGCUUGUGAGUGGGGCUGUGUGUGUGUUCUGUACUUGUGAGUGAUUGUGUAGACAACUUCAAAGAAGCUAUGAUUAGUACUGUAAUACUGAAGAAAAUGCAUUGUACAGUCCAGUGGGGGCUGCUGAGUGGAGGACGGCUCAUAAUAAUAGCUGGAACGGAGUAAAUGGAAUGGCGUUUGAUGUAUUUGAUACCAUUCCACAAUUCCACCUCAGCCAUUACCACGAGCCCGUCCUCCCCAAUUAAGGUGCCACCAACCUCCUGUGGUACAGUCCCUUGUACAGUCAUUUCAGUCAUUUCUUGGGGUACAUAUGAUUACAACCUUAAAGUGUGGGUCUAUUUUUACUUUGUGUCUGUAUCACUGCUAACCUACCAGAGAGUAUUUGUUGUCCUAUCAGAACUGAAAUGAACAGAAAUGAAGUUACUGUGUAAUACUGUUGUACUUUAAACUUAUGGGAUCUGUUUAACCCUAGAUUUACCAUGCUUGUGAUGGGCCAGGCCUCUCCAUCAUAUGUUUCAUGAAGUAUGAGAUCCUGGAGUACUUCAGCGUGUACGGAACAGCCAUCUCUAUCUGGGUCACACUGAUAGGUGAGUGUAAACAGCACACUGUUGUAUCGUGACACUUUAAUGGCUUACCAUCAGAGUGUGUUAAGUGGCCUAAAACUAUGUUCAGAGAGCAAGUGAGUUCUGUAUUCAGUACCACUGAACAGUUGUUUGGAAGCAUGUGCUGUGUGUCUCUCACGCUCUCCUGUACACACACACACACACACACAUGCACAUUUAAUCUCUCUCUUACACACACAUGAACACUUGUAUGCAUGCACGCACACACUCAUUCACAUGCUCUCUCUCUCUAGCUUUAGGGGAUUUUGAUGAGCCAAAGCGUUCUACUCUGACCAUGUUUGGGGUUUUGACCUGUGCUGUGAGGAUCUACCAGGACCGCUGGGGCUAUGGGAUCUACUCUGGACCAAUAGGAUCAGCAGUAUUCAUAAUCACUGUCAAAUGGGUGUGAUGACAACUUACAAUAUGGCUAUGACAAACACUGAUAACCAUACACCCUAAUAUGGUCAUGUUUACAGUAAUCUGAUAAGAUAUCUCAUAAUCUCAUCAAUGUGAAAUGUAUACUUAGUUGAGGUAUUGCCUAGCAACAUUGUAUUGAUUAUCUCUUCAACUAAACCUAUUUUGUUCUAAACACAUCCUGUGUAUCAUAUUUCAGUUACAGAAAAUGAAAGAGAUAAAGGGCCUCUACCCCGAGAAGAGCGUAUACACCCAACAGGUGGGACCAGGAUGCUGCUUCGGUGCCCUGGCUCUGAUGCUCCGCUUCUACUUUGAGGUCUCAUAACAACUCAAUCUCCCUCCUUACCCUUACCAUUCACAGUGAAGGCAAUACUAAAUGGUCAAAUUCUAAAUCCUUGUUGAGAUCUGUGUUUCGCUUGCACAAGUGGAAACAUCAGAAAGUCUCAUUUUUUUAAUGAUUGAUUUCAAUUUGUUUCGCAGGAGUGGGACUAUGCCUAUGUCCACAGUUUCUACCACCUGUCUAUGGCUGUGUCCUUCGUGUUGCUGCUACCAAAGAAGAACCGCUAUGCAGGGACAGACAGCAACCCUGCCAAGCUUAGCUGCUACACCCUCCUCUGCUGUGUAUGUCACCCUUUAUAUCUCAACAAUGCACAGGGUUUCAGUGCUAUAAACAGAUUGCAUAAAGUACAGAACAAGUUCAUUUCAGCUUGUUCAAUGAAAAGUUGGAUUCUGCCUAUAACUUAGAUUAUCAUUCACAGCGCUGCCAUGUAUUUUACAGUUGAACAAACAUACUUGCUGAAUUGCUAGUCAGAGAGAAUGUGCUGUAAGCUCCUAUAGUCACCUUUGAUUCUAAACUCAGCACUGAAAAAUAUUAGUUGUCUCUCCAACACAUCUCCUUACCAAGGUUUCUCUAACUUUUCUCACUCUGUCAUGUACUAUCAGACACCCUUUCCUGCUUCUACGAAGGAGAAGGACAAGAAGAAGACCCCGUCUCGAACCAUUUGGACCAUUCCCACUGAACGGCCUUGGACACGGGCCUGCAGCUCACCAACUCUCCCUCUGUACAACCCACCUAGUACACCUGUUAAGAAAGCACUGGACAUCAACACUACACCUGUUAAGAAAGCACUGGACAUCACUACACCUGUUAAGAAAGCACUGGACAUCACUACACCUGUUAAGAAAGCACUGGACAUCACUACACCUGUUAAGAAAGGAUGGGAGAUCAUCAAUACUACACCUGUUAAGAAAGCACUGGACAUCAACACUAAAACUGUUAAGAGAGCACUGGACUUCAGCAGCACUAAACCAGUUCAGAAGGGACUGGACAUCAGACUAGAUAUUAGCAGUACUAAACCUGUUCACAAAGGACUGGACAUCAGCAAGCUCAAAGAACAGAAUGGGUGGAAGUGA